AUGGGAGGGCUCCCGCGGACGGGCUCAGUGGAUGUAGCCGAGUGGGGCCUGAGCCGGGAGUGGGCCCUGAGUCACCCGCGUGUGGCCGAGGGCUUCUCAGGAGCGCUUAGAAAACUCACACAGAAAAGCCCGUCAAGUUUCACGGCCACUCGGGAAGCUCCAGUUAAGGUCAGCGUGAAGCAACUCCUUGACCUUGUUGGUGGGGGGAAGCUGCGGUGGGGUGGGGGCGGGGACCGCGGGCGGGAGGGGGCGCCGCUGCGCGCAGCGCAGCGCCGGACAGCACAGCGGGCGCUUGCCCAGUGCUCCACCCUCUGCCUCCGCCUGGGAGCACCGCGCGUUAGGGUCCUAAGGCUGGGCUGGUCGUGGCCGCCUGGCCAACAGUGGCCACUUAGAUGCAGCUCGGAUCAGCAGCACCAGGAGGACCCCGACCUGCUGCCCCUUGCCAGCCGCCGCUUCCCCCGCCCACAGCCACUAAUCCACACCACCUCUCUGCAGUCUUGCCGCUUCAGGAAAAGCGUGUCAGUUGAACUACACAACCUGCAACAUUUGAGAUGGCUCUGUGCCCACAGCAUCGCCUCCUCUGAAUCCUUCCAGCUGGGGAAAAGCCAGGUGGACCUGCUGCUGCUGUUUCCAUCUGUCCGCUGGCGAGCCCAGCUGGGCGAUCAGUGGGACGUCCUGCCACAGGCCACUGUCCUCAGUGAGGUCCAGGAUGAAUGCGGGGGCACGUCUUCUGGUUUCCUUGGCCUCUCAGCCGCAGCAGGGGCAGCGACCCCGCUGGAAGGUGCAUAUGCAACAGACCGCCCCAAAGCGCGGCUUCUCAAAACUGCAGCUGCUCCGGGGCUCAGGUUCAGCGGCAGGCUGGGCGGCAGGACCAGCUGGGCACCUCUUCUGCGGGUCUGGGUGGGGCUGCCCGGCCUCCUCGGACACCUAACCCGGCCCGCAGAUGCUUCCUUCUUGUCAGAGCUAGUUGCAAUCUAG